AUUGUUUAUGCCUUUUAUUUAGAAUACCCUGAAUUCCUAUACCCUUGCCUUCUUAUGUUCAUAUCACAAUUCAAUAGAUAUAGUAUAAAAGUGGUGUAAUUCCCGAGACGGAAAUUAUUAUUAGCUAAGAUCUGGGAAUCCCCUAUACUCAAUCGCCUAAAAAAGAGUAUAUAUACAAUAGUAUAAACACGUGCGCAAGUCGCAACAGCAGACAGCAGUUAUGAUUAAUAUCAGUGUUUGAGCGCGCGGCGCGCAUAAGUUAUAUACUCAAUCAUGCAGCACCGUGUUUUUUUUCGCCGACAAUUGUCAUCGGAGUAUUUUCAAUCUUUAAUUUCGAUACCUUUCUCCCAAUAACAAUUUGUUUCACUUUUUACAGAUAAGUAUAAACUAAAAUUCAAAUCCUUUUAAAAAUUAACCUAAAAAACAAGCAACAGGAAACAAAGCAAAAUAUGGCGAACGUGGUUUUGCUCUGUCUUUUUUGGUAUUUCAUCUCAACCUGGAGUAACGUCGUCACCAAGUCCCUCCUGUCGGAGUUUCCCCAUCCCAUGAGCGUGACGGUGAUCCAAUUGACAGUGGUGUCGCUUCUGACAAGUUUUUGGGGCAGUGGCAGAAACGUGGAAAAUAAAGACGUUAGCUGGGGAUACUACCUGAAGUUCAUCGUCCCGCUGGCCUUUGGCAAAUUCGUGGGUAACGUCUUGAACCACGUCAGCAUCUGGAAGGUGCCGGUUUCUUACGCGCACACCGUCAGAGCUUCGAUGCCAUUAUUUACAGUGGUACUGUCAAAACUAAUAUUACAAGAACAUCAAAGCGUCAAGAUUUAUCUAAGUUUGUUGCCGAUCAUUGGUGGUGUGGCUAUAGCAACUGUGACUGAGAUUAGUUUUAAUCUGACUGGGCUGCUCAGUUCUCUAGCUUCAACGAUGACUUUCUCAUUACAAAAUAUCUAUUCAAAAAAGGUAAUGCAUGACACUGGUAUUCAUCAUUUGAGUUUGUUAUCAAUGAUAAGUAAACUGUCAUUAUUCAUGUUUCUGCCAAUUUGGUUGGUAUACGAUGCACGCGAUAUGUUACAAAGUUUGAGUGCAGUUGAAAUUAGCAGUAGGACUUUAGCAUUGCUACUGCUGGAUGGCUUUCUCAAUUGGCUGCACAACAUUGCUGUUUUCUCAGUCAUGUCCAACCUUACACCCCUUACCUUUGCAGUGGCUAGUGCUUGCAAGCUCAUAUUUGUGAUUGCUGUAACAUUAGUUAUCAUUGGCAAUCCAGUAUCAACUGCGAAUGUUCUUGGCAUGGCAUUGGCAAUUACUGGUGUAAUAUGCUAUAACAAAGUUAAGUUUGAGCAAAGACAACUUGUAAUUGUUAAGAAGGCACUGUCUAGAUGAUGGCCUGUGCAGCUAAUUUUCAAAUAAGCUAUACCUAUUAUCUAGUCAAGUUACAACUAGAUUUUUUAAGUUUUUAUAAAUAUUUUUUACAGAAAUCAGUAUUUAUAGAAUAUUUAAAAAAAUUACAAGUAUUCUAUGUACAUACACUUUAGAAAUUAAUAUUAGAAUGAGAAAUUGAAAUAAAGUUAAAAAGUCUGCUUGUCUACUUGAGCGUCGAAAAAUCAGAUGUACAAAAAGAGAAAGCCCCCCACCCUGUAAAAGUAGGGCCUAUGGUUCGGUUUCUUAUUGGAAGAAAGCUGCUCCCUAACUUUCCGUGGUAACUACGUUCUAUUAAUACGGCAGGAAGUUGUUUCCAUACGAGGCUCAAAUAAAUUCAUUUACACCAAG